AUGGAGCCCGUAAAUAUCACGAUUACCGAAGAACCCAUUAAAUUCACGAUUACUGAAGAUGCCACUGACGAAUUUGGUGAAAUUCCUUCUACUAAUGAAAGAAAACGAAGAUACACAUUUCCCAGCUAUCGAAUGUCAUAUGAUAGAAACGAUUACAACGAACAAAUGUUUCGUCGCGCAUAUCCAUCCGUUAAUGCCGAAGAUGGUAUCUUUGGUCAACCUUACACUGGUCUAUCUAGUCCAAAUUUGCCGCCCGUGAAAUUGGAUAUAAACGACGGUGAAAAGUCAUCACUGUUUCUGGGUAUAAGCCAUUUCGAGUUUAACCGCAAUAAAGAUACACGUUCUCGUUCCGUUAAUACCAAAAUCAAGGCAACCUCCACACCUCAAGACACAACGAGCAUUACCGAUGACUUUUUCAAGCGACAGUCUAUGUAG